AUGUUCCAACUCCCGUCGAGGAACCUGGGCUUAACAAUAUUAAACGAUGCACAACAACCAACUCGAAUAGGCAAUAGCGUUAGUAAAGAUACGAGCCCCGACCUCAUGUUGACGAGGAAUGUUCAGGGGGCAGAGUGGCUUAAUACAGGAGUGCCAUUGGGCAGCGACCACUAUGUAGUCUCUAUUACCUUCGACACGGCGCAACACAAACGCAGAACACCCCCGGUAAGAAUUACUGACUGGGAUAAAUUCCGCACCACGAGGGAGAAGCGGGCAGACGGCGGUAUUACCAACCUGGACGCCUGGAUAAGCGAUCUCAAGCGAGACGCAGAGCGGGCCACCGGGGAGGUGGACACCACCGAAGAACACCCGGCGGUAGACAAACGCCUCAUGCACAUGUGGGAGGCUCACACGUCCCUACUGGGCAGGUGGAAGACGGGCAAAAACAAUAGGAAGCUCAGACUCCGCAUUUCCAGGUUGGAAAGGGAGAUUGAAGAUCACGCCAAUGAACUCAACAGGCAACAGUGGUGGCAGAUAUGUGACGGAAUAAACGGGCAACUGGGAAAUAAGAAAUCGUGGUUUCUGCUGCGGCACCUCCUAGACCCGACUACGACCAAAUCCGCGGCUCGGACACGCCUGAACCAGAUAGUACAUCAGUACGAUGGGACGGGUGAAGAACUACUUGAGGACUUGAAAGGUAGAUACAUUAACACGACACAAGAUGGGACUAGAGCCCCCGGGUACACUGGAAUGGAGAAUGAGACACUAGAUGCGGACAUCAAGGGCACGGAAGUGAUGGCUGCGAUGGAGAGACUCCGGACGACAUCGGCUGCGGGGCCGGACGGAAUAAAUAACAAAAUCCUUAGAAAUCUGGAUGACAACUCGGUCCAGGCUUUAACAGACUAUAUGAAUAAGUGCUGGAAGGGAGGGAACAUUCCGCCGGCAUGGAAACAUGCCAAAGUAACUUUCAUACCAAAGCCUGGCAAGAAGUUGGACAUCGAGAACCUCCGACCUAUCUCCCUCACGUCGUGCCUGGGUAAGCUCAUGGAGCACGUAAUUCUCACGCGUUUACAGAACCACGUAGAAACCCAUCGCCUCAUGCCAUACACGAUGAUCGGUUUUAGGCCGCACCUGUCCACGCAGGACGUGAUGCUACAGCUUUCUAAGGAAAUCGUAGACCCGGGAAACGGCCACGGUACGCGGGCCAUCCUGGGGUUGGAUUUGAAGAAGGCAUUUGAUAACGUCUCGCAUGAGGCGAUACUCUGCAACCUCUCGGAACUAAACGUAGGGCGCCAUACAUACGACUACAUAAGGGAUUUUUUGUCUAACAGGACUGCUCAACUCACCAUAGGGGAUCUGAAGUCGGCACACAUACCACUGGGAAAUAGGAGUACGCCACAGGGGUCGGUGUUAUCCCCUUUUCUAUUCAACACCGCGCUGAUCACGCUCCCUAGGAAGCUUAACGGCAUAGAGGGUACUAGACACACACUAUAUGCUGAUGACGUCACGAUUUGGACGAGUCAGGGAUCAGACGGGCAAAUCGAGACGGCUCUACAAGAGGCGGCGGACAUCGUAGACGCCCACGCCCGUUGGGCAGGACUGGAAUGCUCCCCACAAAAGUCGGAAUUGCUAGUUAUCCGUAAUAACGGAAGGGCCUGCAAAACGAAGCCGAACAGGAUACAGUUGAAAAUUCAGGGAAACGAAAUUCCGGAAGUAGACACAAUGCGAGUGCUUGGGAUGUACAUACAAUCCAACAGAUGCAACAAGGUAACGCUGGACAGGUUGACGACAUCGGUCCAGCAAACUAUACGGCUCAUUAAGCGCGUGGCGACUAGGCGACAGGGCAUGAAAGAGCGCGAUGCAUGUCGGCUUGUUCAGGCGUUUGUAAUCAGUCGGAUCGUGUACGCCACUCCUUACCUAGACCUCAAGAAGGCCGAGAGUGAAAAGCUGAAUUGUUUGAUAAGGCAGGCGUACAAGGCGGCUCUUGGUCUCCCCAGGAACGCGUCCACCGUGAGACUUCUAUCUCUCGGGGUUCACAACACUCUUGAAGAGCUCAUUGAGGCACAUCUCACAUCGCAAGAGCGGCGGCUCAGGCAGACUGAGACGGGGCUCUGCAUCCUGAGAAGCUUAGGCAUGAGGAGUGGAGAUCCUUCAAGCCAGAUGACUUUACCGGUAGAGAUGCGCGAAAUCAUUCGUGUCAAACCUCUCCCCAAGAACAUGCAAGCGGGUCGUCACGAAGGCCGGAGGAGGGCCAGGGCGAAGACGUUAAGCAAAAAGUAUCAAGGGGACGAUAGUGCCGUGUACGUUGAUGCGGCAGAAUACAACCUUACUACAGGCCAACAUGCUUUCGCUGUGAGUGCGGUGAGCAUCUCGCGCAGGGUAGCGGCCACGGUGAUCACGGGCCGAGUGGAAGAGGCCGAAGAGGCCGCAAUAGCACUAGGGAUUGUUCAAAAGAGCACCAACACCAUUCUAAGUGAUUCCAAAACGGCCCUUCGCAAUUUCUCGAGGGGACGUAUCUCCACCACAGCAUACAAAAUUCUUAGCACGAUGCCAAACGAUAGGAAGGAAGUGGAUCUGGUAUGGGUCCCGGCCCACGUGGGCGUCCCGGGGAACGAGUCCGCUCACCAAUAUGCUCGAGGUUUUGUCAGCCGAGCAGGUGAUGGGGACUUGGACGUCGGGGUCCCACGAGGUGAGGCACUGGAUACGUAUCAGGCCAUAACCAACUAUUACAGGGAGCUUAGAAUGAGCCUGCCUCCUCCGCACGUUUCGCUCAGCCGAGAACAGGCUACCACGUGGCGGCGGCUGCAAACGCGGUCGCAGCCAAACCCGUGGACAUACGCCAAUAUCUUUCCCGAUCUAGUAAACCCGUACUGUCAACUAUGCGGCGAGCCUGCCACCUUAGACCAUAUAAUCUGGGACUGCGCGAAGGAUCCGCCUCCGGCAGAUCUAGUUUCAUCUCCCUCACUUGAGCAAUGGGAAGCUGUGCUGGCCAGCCCGGACCUGGACGUCCAGUCCCGGGCCUUGGCAAGAGCGCAAGAGGUCGCCGACAGACUUCAACUGCCGACCAUGUGGAGCAGCUGAAGGAACCG